AUAAUAUAUACAUAUCAUUAAUAUUCAGCCUAUAUACAUAGUACGAUCGUACUUGUUGUAAAGACUGACCUCGUUUGACAGUCGCCUUCUGAGCAAAAGAGCAUAAUUAACAAUGUUUUAUCUCUCGCAAGAUUGUAAAAUAUAAAAAAUUAGAAUGCGAUGGCGAAAAGCAUCACAAAUGUCACGCUUUUAUUCACCCUGAUGUAAAAGGUUUUUAAUUAAACUGCAGGUAUUUAUAGACUUUGUUUAGACUUUUAAGUUUUAAUGCAAAUACUAAUUAUGACAUCAAAAUUGCUUAGUUAAAGGGCACGGCGUUUUGUGUUGUCUGGAGAGUUAUAAAAAGAUAUUGGUUUGUGCUGUUUCAACCUUGUCAUUCGGUUAUUGCACAAUUUUUGAUCGAUGUUUGAUACACGAUCACGUCACGAUGGGGCUCCUAGUAGUUUACCUUUUGAUUUUGGGGGCACUUGGAGCUAAUUCGAGCGAAAAUAGAUCAGCAUUCAGCUAUAAUCUUUGCGAUAUUGGUCCAGCUUUAACCAGUCAACAUGGAAGAAUAUAUGCCACAUGCGGAAUGCAUUGUAGCAGACUAAUUCUUGCACCAGAAGGCUACAGAAUUAAAGUUAACAUUACCGUGAACACUCUAAUAUUCGAAGAGGAACCUAUGUAUGUUUAUGAUGGUGCUACAAGCUUUGACAAUAAGAACCGCGCGAAGAUAACUCGGCACAGAGUAACUGAUCAUUAUAUUGCUAUCAGUACAAGUAACGCUGUCUUGAUAUACGUCGAUAAGAUUUCCUCAAAGGCUACGAAUGUUGAAAUCACUUAUAAUAUGUUUCCACAUCCUCCGGAUCGUUGCCAGUGUUUACCUGUAACCAAUGGUGAAACAAUUUGUUCGUUUCCCUCACAAUACUUCCGGGAAGAUACCCUUACUAAAUACUGCACGGUGGCUUGUGGCCAAAACCGCUUUAUUGCGAAUCGAUUUUACUCCAACGAUUUCGAAAUGCAAUGUUUUAUGGGCGAUCCGAAGCGCGAUUUGGUUUAUAAAGGUAAAUGGCAUACCAGAGUUCAGCAUGAAAUAUUGCACGACAAUCAACUAAUAACCUGCGCUAGAAUCUUUCCUGCUACACGGCUGAAAAUAGGCUAUAAAUUUAACUACGCAAAUGUGUCAUGUGCCCAAAUUAACGAAACAGAAUUCGUGCACAAAAUACGGCAAUAUAUUUCGGGUGUAGAAUCGAUAGCCAAUGUUAGUCAGUGUUUUAAACAUCGAAAUCUACAAAGGACUAUAAAUUGCUCUGUUGAAAGCCUAAAUAUAUCGUGUAAAUCCAAUGGCAAUAGGCGUACAGCUGAAUUGAUAUUGACUGUGCGAGAUAAUAUUAUAAAUUCCACUAACGAAACCGUUGCCUUUCAAAGAUACCAUAGAUUGUAUUCAGCAUAUUAUGAAGAUAAUCAAAAUCUUCAAGGGUUUAUCACUAAAAAUCUCACAGUUAGUGGUAUCAAACAUACAGGAAUUUCAUAUGUAUACUGGAGAAGUCCUACGGAGGACUGUCCCGCUAAUGCAGCCUCUAAAAUCGAUUAUGUAAGUUCUAAAUUUGGAUGCUUAAACUGUCCACCAAAUUUCUAUACACAACCACAGGAAAGAAAUAUUCUUCCUUGUCACGAGUGCCAGAAUGGAACUCGUCGAAACGAAGACGAGGUUGCGUGUAUUCCAGGACCACGUAACUAUCCAAACCCAUCUCAAAAAUACUGCAAACAUACAUGCAAUUUAGGAAAGUACUUUAACUUUAAUUCAUCAUUAUGUGAGUGGUGCCCAUACGGAACAUACCAAAAUUCUACGACUUUAUUAAAUCCAGAGUGCACCCCUUGUCCAGGUGGUCUAACUACUGGGUUUACUGGAGCAAGAAAUAUUUCGGAAUGUAUAAAACUUUGCCCAGCUGGCUAUUAUCUCAAAUAUACCCAAUGUGUUCAAUGCGAUGUUGGUUAUUAUAUGCCAAAUGCAAGUAACAGAUUUCCAAAGUGCUACAAAUGUGAAAGCGAUUAUACCACCUUGAACAAAAGUGCUGUUGAAUGCGUAAAAAAGUGUAAUUCAGGGGAGUAUUUCAACAUGACUCUUCGAAAUUGUGCUCCAUGCCCCAAUGACACUUACCAAGAUGAAAUCAUUGUUGCUAACGCUAGACACUGCAAGAAUUGUCCUGCGAAUACCACUACCACCGGCACCGGUUCAUCUUUGUCCUCUGACUGCCUUGGUCCAUGCUCUUUUGGUCAUUAUAUUGACAUUGGUUUAAAAAAAUGUUCACCCUGUCCCCUUGAUACCUAUCAAGAUGAAAGACAACAUACAAGCUUCAGUUGUAAAAUUUGCGACAAGUACAAAAUAACCCUUCAAGUUGCAUCUUCAAAUGUUUCUGAAUGUAUUUAUGAAUGCAGUGAAGGCAAAUUCUUCAAUAUAACAAGUAAAUUGUGCGAGGAAUGUCCAAUUAAUAUGUAUCAAGGUGAAUUCGGGAAAGAAACGUGUAAAUUGUGUGAAGGUAAAACAUUUACAAUAAAAAUUGGAUCGAAAAUUUGCAUCAAUCCUUGCAACUAUGGGGAAUUUCUUAACAAAACUGUAGAAAAUUGUCAGAACUGUUCUAGGGGAUUUUACCAAAACAUCUCAGGUCAUACUUCGGUCAUGUGCAAGCGUUGUCCGAUGGAUUUCUUCAGUGAAAUAUCUGGUCAGAAAGAUUGUACCGCCUGUAAAGAUGGAGGCAUCACCCUCAUCUCUGGUGCGACCAAGGAAACAGAAUGCAUUGAGACUUGCAAGCCAGGUUAUUUCCUUGAGAAAACAACCCGAAGAUGUGAGAAAUGUUCAAAAGGUUUCUACCAGGAUAAGAAGGGAUACAGAGAUGACUUUUGUACAAAAUGUGGUAGCGCGAAUGUUACAACGCUCGGGACAGGGGCAAAGUCGGUCGAAGAGUGCGUUGGCUUUUGUGCAUCAUUUCCUUGUUUGAACGGAGGAGAAUGCUUCAACAUUGACAAUGAUUUCAACUGCAGUUGUCCCAAAUUUCUUAUCGGAAAACAAUGUGAAAGGAUUAGUGACCGUCCAGAUUCAGACAGCAUGGAAAUCUCCAUACGUUUUCCUGUUUUAACUUGGAACGAGUCUCUUAAAAAUUCCGCGAGUAUUGAAUUUAAGCAUUUCUCAUUGAGAAUUGAAAAUGCUAUCAGAGCAGAGUUGGUGAAUGACACUACAUUUCGGUCCGUAAACGUGGUCGAUUUCCAUCCGGGCAGCGUGAUUAGUGACGUUGAAUUUACUUAUGUAGGUGGGGUUAGCUUUUCCAAUCCUGCAGACACGCUUACAACAGCUGUGGCAGACGGUACCCUGGAUGACCUAAUUGUGGAUACAAGUUCUAUGAACAUAACCAACUUCACAUGCUCGCAACCGUUAGGGAUGGUAAAUGGUCGCAUACCUGACAGCGCCAUAACCUCUGGGGUUAAACGUUCCUAUCUACCGCCUAAAAAUGCCCGUCUACAUAACCCUGGUCCAGGAUGGGCCCCCCAAUAUCUUUCAGGUGACGAUGUGUAUUUGCAAGUAGACUUCUUGGAGGAAAUUUGGUUAACAGGAAUUGCUACACAAGGAUCCUCUUAUCAUGGUGGAAGUUGGCUGCAAACUUUUUAUCUUCGAACAAGCUCAGAUGGUAGAAAUUGGGUGUAUUAUGUUGGGGAAUAUGUUACACGACACCUCUUCAUCGCUAAUGAUAACGUUGAUACCGUAGUACGAAAUACCCUACCAUACCCUGUGAAAACACGUUAUGUCAGAAUGUUUGAGUACCAUUUUAAGGAGUGGAUAAGCUACCGUGUUGAAUUCUAUGGCUGUCCGAUCCCCAAGACUAUACCUCUACCCACAUUCGCCGUCUCGAGAUCAUCGGUACCAACCAGUCGCCACACGCCAACGUCAACGCAUUCAAGUACAGCUGUUUCUGUUGAUGACGAUAACGAGGACGAUGAUGAUAAUGUUGGUUUAAUUGUUGGCGUUGUUCUUGGUGUUCUUAUGUUUUGUAUCAUUCUCGUCUUUGCUGUUGUAUGGUGGAUAAAACGGAAAAGGAGUGCCUUUUUGGGAUCGAGUGUUAGCGUAAUGGAACUCAAAGAAACUAAUUGAUAGAAAUUAAAAAGGCACAGGUAUUCCACGAAUCCUAGGAUUCUCAUCAAUAAGAAAGGAAAAGUAAAAAGCAAAAUCUUGUAUACUCAGGAUAUGAGAAUUUUGCGGUAAUAUUUCGACUAGUUUUUCCGACAAAAGUCGUUAUCGAAUCAGGUUUUGGAUUUCUGAAAUCGAGCUCUUACUAAUGGGAAUUUAAGCACUGUGAGCACACUUUGGGGGAGGGAUGUUUGUUAUAUAGAUU